CCCUGUCAGUAGUAUGCACCUACAGGGGUGGAUAAGGCUGGUCGCUCCCAAAUUUGUCCAGCGUAUCGAUUGAGAGCAUCCCCGAACGACCGGCGAAGAGAAAUCGACCGACGAAACCCUCCUCUCCCGUUCACGACAACGAUCUGGCAAUGCCACAGCGCUUGCAUCGGAGGACAUAACAAAAGUAGCGUACUGAACGAACGAACCACCCACAAUGGCCGCCGCCGAGCAAUACAUCCAGCUGGCCAAGACGCUGCCUGCACAACUCCAGCGCUUCUUCGCCCGCUGGCCGCCCGCCGCCAUCCUGCCUCACAACACGGCGGCGACGACGCCCAAGACAGGCUUCCAGGAGAUCACCCCGAAUCCCUUCAAGUCGCAGAAGCACGCCGUCACGGGCAAGUGGCACGACCCCGUCUACUCCAUGCGCCGCCAGGCCGAGAUCGUCAAGCUCGCGCGCCAGCACGGCGUCGAGGAGCUGCUGCCCGCGACGGUCAAGGGCACCGAGUACAGGAUCGCGCACCGUGUCGAGCACGGAUUGAGGGUCAAGGGUACCGGUGUCGGACAAAAGGUCAAGGGAAAGAUUCACGAGAGGAUGGUCCAGCCCAGAAUGGAGAAGAGGAGAGCAGCCGUAUUGGCGAUGCCGAAGCUCAUCAAGGAGUGGAAGAAGGUUGGAAAGAAGAACUGGACAAGAUUCCCCAAAUAAGCGCUCUAUUCGGACUAUUCCCUUGCGCUGCGUCAAUACCAUAGACGAUGUACAUAUACCAUGUAUUAUCAUGUAUAAGAAACGAACUCGACCAACUCCCGCGGUCUGAAUGGCCCCUGGUGAUGUGUUGGGGUUUUCCCCAAGUCGGGGCGACGAGAGCGACAUGAUAACUCCUCCACCACAUUCUCAUAUGUUGGUGCAUAUUGACAAGAAUUUCUAGGACAACUCGACACGGAAAUAUUCUUUACUGGUCACGUCUUGGAAGGCGAUCUCGGAAGUUCAAUUUCCAGUCAAUCCCUCAACCACAAACCAC